CGCUUCAACCUCAGUCUGUUUGGGAUGAAACUAGCUAACAUGCUAACUGACUGAUUAACGGAUUAAACACGGGAAUUUCGCAAAACAAAAGUUUUGACAACUCGUGGAUUUUUUAAAUAGUCUGCGCUGAAAUGAUGGGCAAGUCGGAGAAAGGUUGGGACGAAGGCAGAGUUCCAGGGAUGGUCCUGUAGACCUGGUCAUCAUUAGCAUGAGAGAGAAAGGUUUUCAUCAACUCAGGGUCAAGUGGUGAGAUUUCGCCAGCCGUGGGGCUUCGCGUCCAGACAGAGGAAGGUCAAAUGUCACGCGUCCUUACUCCUCCUCCUCCCCCUCCUCCUCCUCCUCCCCCUCCUUCUCAGGGAGAGAUGAGCAGCGGCCCUGUGGCCGAGAGCUGGUGCUACACACAGGUAAAAGUAGUGAAAUUUUCCUACAUGUGGACCAUUAAUAACUUCAGUUUCUGUCGAGAAGAGAUGGGUGAAGUACUGAAAAGCUCCACCUUCUCCUCAGGUCCCAGUGACAAGAUGAAAUGGUGCCUCAGAGUAAACCCAAAAGGACUCGAUGAUGAAAGUAAAGACUACCUGUCACUGUAUCUUCUCCUGGUGAGCUGUCCAAAAAGUGAAGUGCGUGCAAAGUUUAAGUUUUCUUUACUCAACGCUAAGCAAGAGGAGACUAAAGCUAUGGAAAGCCAAAGAGCCUAUCGAUUUGUUCAAGGCAAGGACUGGGGCUUCAAAAAGUUUAUUAGAAGAGAUUUUCUCCUUGAUGAAGCUAAUGGCCUUCUUCCAGACGACAAGCUCACUCUGUUCUGUGAGGUGAGUGUAGUGCAGGACUCUGUAAAUAUCUCAGGUCAGUCGAACACAAACGUGCUGAAAGUUCCUGAGUGCCAACUGUCAGAUGAUCUGGGAAACCUGUGGGAGUGUUCACGCUUCACUGACUGUACACUGUGUGUUGGGGGGCAGGAGUUCAAGGCCCACAAAUCCAUCCUGGCAGCGAGAUCUCCGGUGUUUAAUGCCAUGUUUGAGCACGAGAUGGAGGAGAGCAAGAAGAACCGGGUGGACAUCAGCGACGUCGAGCCAGAUGUCUUCAAAGAAAUGAUGGGGUUUAUAUACACGGGGAAAGCACCAAAUCUGGAGAAAAUGGCCGACAGUUUGUUGGCAGCAGCUGAUAAAUACGCUCUGGAGCGUUUAAAGGUGAUGUGUGAGGAGUCUCUGUGCAGCAGUCUGUGUGUGGAGAACGUAGCCGACACGCUCAUCCUCGCCGACCUGCACAGCGCCGAGCAGCUCAAAGCUCAAGCCAUCGAUUUUAUCAACAGGUGCAGCGUUCUCCGACAGCUGGGGUGCAAGGAUGGAAAAUACUGGAAUAGCAAUCACUCUGCAGAUAUAAUGGAGACUCCGGGCUGGAAGGCAAUGAUCCAGUCUCAUCCUCACUUAGUGGCCGAAGCUUUCCGCGCUCUCGCCUCGGCUCAGUGCCCUCCGUUCGGCCUGCCCAGGAAGAGGCUCAAACAGUUCUGAUCUCUCUCUCGCUCUCACUCUCUCUCUCUCCAUCUCUUUCUCUCUGUUUCAGCUCGGGGAAGGAAUUGAGACAACAUGAACUCGUACUGCUCUCACUGAUGCAUCGCUUCACUCUCACUCCUGAUUCUUUUUUUUUUCUCCCCAUCAUCUUUCUUCACUUUCUCUGUCUGUAUUAUUUCCUCAUCUCCCUCACCCUAUCCUCCCUUUUUUUAACCUCAGUUUGUCCUACUUUGCCUCUGUCUUCUCAUUUUAAAUUUAUCCAUUUAUCUCUCUCUCUCUCUCUCUCUCUCUCUCUCUCUCUCUCUUUUUCUUUUCUCGUUUUCAGUCUUAUCAGUCUCCUUUUCACUUUUCAUUCAUUUCUCUCCGGGCUGGAAGGCAAUGAUCCAGUCUCAUCCAAACUUAGUGGCCGAAGCUUUCCGUGCUCUCGCCUUGGCUCAGUGCCCUCCGUUCGGCCUGCCCAGGAAGAGGCUCAAACAGUUCUGAUCUCUCUCUCUCUCUCUCUCUCUCUCUGUCUCUCUCUCUCUCUCUCUCUCUCUCUCUCUCUCUCUCUCUCUCUCACUCACUCACUCACUUUCGUUUCUUUCCUUAAUCACUCUUUGUCUUUUCUUCUCUUUCAUUCUCACUUGAUUGCCUUUAAGGGUUACAGCCUUUCACUUCGGUUUAUUUUAUCCAUUUCCCUUAUCCUUUCUUAUUACACACACACACACACACACACACACACACACACCUUUUAACUUAUAUCAUGUGAUUUUUUUUUUCCCCAUCUCUCUCUCACACACACACACACACACACACACACAAAAACACUUUCUCUUUUUGGCACUUGGUCUAAAUCCAGAGAUGAGUGUGUGAGAGGAAAAGCUAUAACAAUUGUUAUAACUGUUCCCACACAAUAUGUUCGGUCUCAGAGCUUUAUUUUCCAAAUUUCUCGCCCUCUCUCUCUCGAUCUUUCUCUCUCUCAUCCUCCUCGUGCCUGCCUCAUCCCAAACAGUCCGUUUCUUCGUUCCGUUGAUCCACCUACUCCUCCUCCUCCUCACCUUUUGCACUAGUUCCCUGGGUCCAGCUGUUGUUUUGAUAUGAUGUGUAAAAGGUUUGUUUAAAACAGAUAACAUUCUGAUGUUAUAUAAAUGUUUGGCCCGUUUUCGUGACUAGACAUUUGAGAUGAUCAGUGAAACAGAUCAUGCCCCAUAUUGAUGGCACUAUUUCUAUGUAAAGGACUUGACUUAUAUUUGAAAUGUAAAUACUUUAAUGUUUUUUUUUUUUGAGGGGGACAUUGGAGAUGUGUAAAAGAGGUAUUAUCUGUGCUCCUCUACACUCGCGUUACUCAGACGUGACGUUACACUGUGAGAGAAACGAGGGCUAAAAGUUAUAGAUGAUGUACACGAGUGUAUCUUGAAGUAUUUUCAGCCAGGCUAUUGCUUUAAUUUGUUCUCCUCUUUCACUAAACCGGUCUUAAACUGAAUGAACAUUAAUAUGUAACCCAACACACAGUGGCGAUGAAACGUCACCAAUAUAGAAAUAUGAGUCGUCCGAUAAGUUCUGGCACCCUCCUUUAAAAUGGUUUUUAAAGUAAUAAUAAUACUUUUUUAUUGAUGUUGUUGUUGAUUAUGGGCGUGGCCUGUCCAGUGUUUUGUUUCUUUUUUUUUUUUUUUGUUUGUUUGUUUGUUUCAAUGGUACAAGUAGUAUCUAUAUACACAUCUCUAAUCAGUGGUUCGAUUUACAUGCUAACUGCUCGAUUUUGCUUCUUUCUUUCUCUCAUUUCAUAUCUAAUUUUCAUUGAACUGAGAAAGUAUCAGUUUAAAUGCUGAAGUAUUGGCUCACAACACAGCCGUUUUGUACACGUGUACUGGACCCGUAUCAUAGAGGAGACUCUAAAGAGAGUCCUCAGCACCUUUUAUCAUCAUUAGUUACUGUGCGUAUCUAAAAUCUUCCAGCAUUAUUUACUUUAUGUUCUUUUAAAGAACUCUGAUCAGUUUCCAGUGGAAUAAAAAUCGGUGUAUUAUUUGAUCAGCGUUGGAGUUUCCUUUAAUGAAGGCUACAAUAAUGAGCAUCCCCUCUCUCUCUCAGCCCGUAAGAACACACCUUUCUUGGCGUACACAUGCACUUUUUUUUUCGCCUCCAUACGGAUGAUGUUUUAUAUUAAUAUUCCUUUUUGUUUCAUGUAAUUUCAGUAAAAUAUAUCAUUUAUGUUAGUUAGCAUCAGUUCAUUUACAGGUUAUUUACAGCAUUUUAUGAGCUAACACUUUAAUGAGCGUUUUUUACGGUUUAUUUAGGGAUGAGCGAGUACAGCAUUAUCUGUAUCUGUUAACCAUAUGAAUUAUCUGUAUCUGUACUUGGAGUGGGUGGGGCCUAAUCCGGAAGUAGGGAUCUGGGGUCUGUCUUGAAAUGGGCGGGGCUUUAACCGGUAAUAAUUAAUUUGGUAAUAAAAAUAACCACGUCUGAACGAACCCACGUUUACCAGAACUCUACUGGUUAGUAAGUACGUAUUAUUAACGUUACAACCCGAAGUAAAAAGCUGAAGAAACCCUAAACGUUAACGGAAAAGACCCGCGAACCCGAGUGACUGAGGGAGAGACAGAGAGCUGUUCUGUGUGUGACUGUGAGUGAGCAGAGCGAGACACAGCAACACAAUACAUCUGUAUGUGUGUAGGGGAGGGGCGUUGUGACUAGCCUAUCACAGAACGCUGACACAAUCAGCUACCCAAUGAUGAUUUUCAUUCAAUCCGAGCACAGAUAUUGACUCGUAUUAAUCGUAUAAUACUCGUACUCGGCAGAAGUGCUUUAUCCGUACCGGAUACUCGUUUCAGCCGAGUAUCCGGCUCAUCUCUAGGUUUAUUGCCUGAAUAACAUCUUAAUGUCGAUGGGUUUAAGCCAGUAGUGUUUUAGCUCACACACCUCUAAUAAUAUUCACACGUCUCCUGGUUAAACCGUGCCAGAACUUCGAAUGAUUCAAGUUAUCCCGAGGAAGAUGAAAGCAGGCUUUAAGAAGCCAGAUCUCUAAAGUUUUCCUUCCUUCCUCUGAUCAGCCUCUCUUGUCCUUUACCAGUCAGAUUUCAGCUUCCUUUGUGUGAGAGCUCGUACUCCGAUCUCCACUGACUCACGCCGCUGAGAGUCGGACGCUGGCAUCAUCACACUGUGUGUUGGAGAGUUACGUCAUGUUGUUUUGGUAUAUUUCACUUGGAGGCAUCUGUAUGAUGUUUAAUGUUAUGUCGAUUGAUUUGUUCUGUUUAAGAACUGUUUGUGUUCUCAUUAAAAAAGUUUUUUCAGCAUAAA